AUGGCGAUGGAGUUCGUCGGACGUCCGAUGCUGCUUCUCACGCCGUCUAGGACAGUCUUGAUGCCACUGCAUCUCUGUCUCCGCCACUGCACCUCCGACUACUCCGCCUGUGUCUCCUCCUUUGUUAGCGGCUCCAUAUCUCCUCCUGUGCCUCAUACUGAUUAUAGAUGUUUUGGGACGCCCGUAAUACGAGAAAGGCAGGCGGUGAUAUCAUGGGCGUCGACGUGCUCCUCCUCGAUCAGAAGUUUGGAUCUUCUCGCCAAGCGUUUGGGGAAGAAGAGGAUCAUCGCUGAGACAGGAGCUGGUCAACACGGUGUUGCUACAGCCACUGUGUGUGCCCAGUAUGGUCUAGAGUGUAUUAUCUCUAUGGGUGCUCAAGACAUGGAGAGGCAAGCACUCAAUGUCUUCAGAAUGCGACUUCUUGGUGCCGAGGUGAGAGGAGUUCACUCUGGAACAGCCACAUUGAAGGACGCGACAUCCGAAGCGAUAAGAGAUUGGGUGACGAACGUUGAGACUACACAUUACAUAUUGGGAUCUGUGGCGGGUCCUCAUCCUUACCCUAUGAUGGUCAGAGACUUUCACGCGGUGAUCGGUAAAGAAACGAGGAGACAAGCGUUGGAGAAAUGGGGCGGAAAGCCGGAUGUCAUGGUGGCUUGUGUCAGUGGUGGCUCAAACGCGAUGGGACUGUUCCAUGAGUUUGUGGAUGACGCAGAGGUCAGGAUGAUCGGUGUGGAAGCUGCAGGGUUCGGAUUGGACAGUGGAAAACACGCUGCCCCGUUGACAAAGGGAGAUGUUGGUGUUCUACAUGGAGCUAUGAGUUACUUGCUGCAAGAUGAUGAUGGUCAAAUCAUUGAACCUCAAUUGGACUACCCUGGAGUUGGACCGGAGCAUAGUUUCCUUAAAGACAUGGGACGGGCUGAAUACUAUAGCGUUACGGAUGAAGAAGCAUUGGAAGCAUUCAGUAGAGUCUCAAGGUUAGAGGGAAUCAUUUCAGCACUGGAGACAUCGCACGCUCUACCACACCUUGAGAAGCUAUGUCCAACGUUACCAGAUGGAGCAAGAGUCGUCUUGAACUUUAGCGGAAGAGGACAUAAAGAUGUUCAGACUGUAGCUAAAUAUCUUGAAGUUUGA